CUCAACUCACGCAUCUAGUACUGCGUGUGUUCACACUCGUGUACAUAACUCUUUCAAGUCCAUCUCGACAAUGUUCGCAUUUUGCCAUGGGAUGUAUAUACAUGUGACAGUAAAAGACGUUUGACUUGUAUGGUCCAUUUUUGAACGUAUCGCCUACUCGAGUCCAAAUCGACAAAGCUGUCGGCAUGUCUGUAGAAAACAGCUCUCCGACUGGCAGUACUGCCUCGCAUCGCAACACCCACCACGAUGAGAAUCCUGAUCAAAGAAUCGAAUGGCUCCUGGCUAUCCCGAACGGAAACAAGAAACGAGUAUCAAUACACGUGCUGCAAACCAAACGUGGGGAGACGGGUGCAACCAUAAUGAGCUCUAUCAAAAGAGAGUACGAAGCAAUCAACCCUGCCCGGCGCUGGUUACCCUCUAAGAUCGAACUAGAGGAUGCCACGAUAUCUCUCCUGUGCAUUGGAGACCUGGAAGCCCAAGACUACCCCCGAGAAGUCAUUGUCGAGACCCACACACCGCGUUUGGAUCUGACCAAAGCCUUCAAAAACCCUCUUUUGCUUCGUGGUACGGGCUUUGCUUCGGCAAAUGAACAGUUCGUAUUACCUGCAAAAGGUACAAUUUGUGACCGCGAGGUUCAUGCAAUACUUUUCAAGUCAGCCACCUGUAAAGAAGGAGUAGUAGCGGUGCUUGUGGUAUUGGUUCUGUUCUCUAUCAUGAUAGGUCUGGCUGUUGGCUUUUGGACCAGAGAUGCGAAGACGGGAUUGGCUGUGUGUGCGGGAGCGAUUGGAAUAUUUGCAUUGAUCCAAGCUUCACUGGCUGGUAUUGAAGCGAUGAAGUCAAAGGCCCACCUCUGAACUCAUCUAUGAUACUCUGCGGGCUCUUGUUAUACUUACUUCAAUCGAGUUCCAGCUAUAUCGUUCAUUGUAUUGGUGUAAUGUCGCGAGUGAUGAUCGAGGUUAACGCGAUGAUGGAGGGCCUAGUACGAGUACCUGAACUCGCUAUCCUCUCUAUCUGUUCCUGUGUUCCACGCCUCUUUACUC